UGGUGGUGGUGGUAGUGUCUGCCUUCGCUAUUGCGAAACCCCUUUCCCGGGCCGGCGGCCAAUGAUGGAGCCCUCGGGGCGGGGUGGGGGCGGUUUUGGGGUCUCACAACCCCCCGGGGACCCUUUGAAAUCCCAUCCGCUGUGCCCUCCUCCCCGAGGGGGCGGGCGCAGGAGGCAGCCCCCAGGGGUAUAAAGGCGGCGGCGGGCAGCGCAGGUAGCUGUUGCUUGUGGGCCGCGGGAGCUUCUUCGCAGAUAGGACAUCACCGGGGACAAGGGGCUGGGAGGGGACGGGACGAGGAUGCGAGGGCUGGUAGCGCUGCUGGCGGCGCUCAGCUGCGCGGCCCCAGCUGGGCGGGCGGCGGCACCCGGCGGCGCGCUAAGCUCCAACUCCAUCAAGGGACCCCCACCGGGGGUAGGGGCCGAGGCCAGCGCCCCCCCCGCUGCCCCAUUCGACGGCAGCAACAAGCCACCGCCGGCCGCCACCCGGCAGCCUUUCCCCUGCGCCGAGGACGAGGACUGUGGCCCUGAGGAGUUUUGUGGAGGCGCGGCCCGCGGCGGAGGAGCCCCGCUCUGCCUCGCCUGCCGGAGACGCCGCAAACGCUGUCUACGCGACGCAAUGUGCUGCCCCGGCACGACCUGCAGCAACGGACUCUGCACGCUCCCGGAGCCACCCCAGGGAGCCACCGAGCUGGACGAGAUCGGCACUGAGGUUCUGACCCGACGGACACCUGCUCCCGCCUGGCUCCCCACUGCCAAAGGUGAGGAGGGGGACUUCUGCCUACGCUCUUCAGACUGUGCAGCCGGGCUGUGCUGUGCCCGUCACUUCUGGUCCAAGAUCUGCAAGCCGGUGCUGCGGGAAGGGCAGGUGUGUACCCGGCACCGUCGGAAAGGCACCCAUGGCCUGGAGAUCUUCCAGCGGUGCCAGUGCGCCGAGGGGCUGGUGUGCCGCCUCCAGCGAGAGCAUGGCCCUGCUGAUGCCUCCCGACUGCACACCUGCCAGCAACACUAAGCAUCACUGGAUGGACAGGACGGAACAGACUCCGGCUCUGCCGGAGCAGAAGGUUGUUUCUCAAGGGAACUACUUUUAAGCAACUAAUUGCAGUACGUUACUGUGUUGUGAAUACUUGAGCUGGCACUUAGCUGUACAUAGCGCUGGGAUUUUUAAUGACUUUUUAUUCCGAGGGUGCUGCCAUGUGCCCUGCAAGUCGUGACUGUGACUUUGUACACACUGGGAUUUUAUAUCUCGGUUAAAGAGAUGUGACCGUCUGUUUCUGAGCGAAUAAACCGUUCUUUAAAAU